CCUUAUCACUGCAAAGCUUAAAAUGUCGACUGCAAAGAGAUUACCGUACAGACACCCCGGGGUCUAUAUCCCAUACACCAAUGCCGGCAUUGGACCUCAUGACUGGUGGACCAGUGAUCCUAGGAUCACUGAAAAUGGAUUUAUUUAUGUUGAUUCCCUCGGGCGAGAUAGGGUGUUGUUGGUCCAGUCCGUGAGUACUGGGGAACUUUUUGUCAACAAAAUUAUAAGAGCGACUGAAUUCCAAACGGUUCUACCCGCAGAGCUUCGGAUUUCGACUACGCCGGAAGCAGAUUGCCCCUUACCUACACCUCAUAUCGUGGAAGGGAAAUUGAGAAGGCAAUUCGAUGAAUGUGUUGCCUGGCAAUGGUUUAACGACGGCACAUAUUCCAUGUAUUUCAGGUAUUGCAACGGCGGCACAAUGGGGGGAUUAAUCGAGAAAUACCACGCGCAUCUCCGGCCGGUCCCGGAGAGUUUUAUUUGGCUUGCAAUUGAAAGGUUCUGCGAAAUCAUCCGAUACUUUCACGGGGGUUUGAUACCGAGACAAUAUGGCGUUGCCCCUCAUGCUCUAUGGGACAGAAUCUCCCACCGAGACUUCGCACCGAAUAAUGUCUUCAUACAUUAUGAACCAACUCGAGGAGGCCGUGUACCCAAUGCCGGUCUAGAAAUGAAUGCUUUCCCAAACAUUAUUAUCGGUGAUUUUGGCGAGGCAGCGCUGAGGACCGAUAACCCAUUUUUCAUGCCUAACGGUGUUUUCGGACUUCCUACGUUUCAAUUGUGGGAAGACGUAUACUUGAUGGGGGAGUGCCUUCGCUCAUUGGCCCAAACUCAUAUCCCUGAUAUUCCCGCCCUUAUCGACCCAAUAAACGAAAAUCCAAUGGCCACAGUAAAUGGCCACAUGCCUGCCGGCGAUAUUCCAUACUCGAAUGAUCUUAUCAACACUCUUAGCGAGUUUGAGUUCCCAGGCGGCGCCCUCGGCGCUGAUAUAUUCGGCAACCACAUCAACGCGGCUGGUGUCGUUACACCCAAUUAUCGAGUUAUGCCCAGAUUUAACCGGAUUAAUAACGUUAUUCUGCCACUAGCUCAAAGAAGAGUCCGCAGAUAUCGAGGUAUUCUUCGUCCAAGACCUGCCGGGUAUUACCGUGAUAUCGAUGUGUCAUGGACGAGACCGCCGAGGGUCAUGCCCUACGAGUACUUGGGCGUACCAGCCCCCCCGCCUCCAUUGGCCAAGGCCAAGAAGGGUAAAGCAGCACACAAAUGCCCAACACCAGAGCGGGAGCAAAAGCGGCGAAAGUUGCGCCAUGUAACGGCAUGGCAUCAUAUUCGGCCCAAAUACCAAGUUAAGAGCCUACAGUAUUAUCCCAUAAAAAUGACAGAUAUUAACGACGUCCCACCCCCGGCCCCUUACCCACCUUCGCCGCCAGGAGGCGACUCAACAUCACCCGGAGAAUAAUCGGAUUACGAUUCAAAUUAAUAUGAUCAUAAUGGGGAUGAAUUGGUGGAAGUAGGAUAAAGGGGUUGGUAGAGAAUGCUGGACAGUUACUCUGACCUCUAGUAGCUCCCUGGGCCGAAAGGUAUGUGUUAAAUGGAAUUGCCUCUAGCGAGACUUCCUCCGGAUUGGAUAUUCAGUAUAUAUAGAAUUGCAUUGUUUGCUUUUAUAACUUUUUUUUGUUUAUCCUGUUACCUGGUAUGUACAUAGAUAGAAUCUUAUUCCUAGAUUUUUUAAGCCAUAUUUAUGUCGGAACCAAUUGGGACAAAGGGGGCCGUGAUAGUGGUUGACGUUUCAAUUGCUACCCAAACUCGUCCCGGCUUUUUCUUUGACAUCAAUUAAUUGAGAGCGAAGCGUAAACGAG